CUGGUGUGGUUUGUGCUCUUCCUCUCGGAACCACGUGGUAGUUUGUGCGAUUGUCAGCUGUAUUCAGGGACAGUGUAACCGUACUGUGGCUGGAUUGUUACUCAAAGUUUGACGGGUUAAUUAUGCUUUAUUUAAACUAUUCUUACAGUUCUUAUCGAAAACGUUGAUGGAAGUAAACUGAGAUUCUUUUUAAUGUAUUACUCGAGAUACUAAGUGAUACAGAUUGCAGGAGUACUUCGUUUUGUGAUGGCUGCUGCAACCGAUAUGUUUCGUUAUAUAUACCUAUGCGGUAAUAAAGACAACAGUGAUACAUCCAGCUUCGUAACAACGUCUACAGAAUCUGCAGUUCUUCCACCAUCUCCUACCCUUCACCAACCUGCACAGGCAUACGUGUUGCCACAUUUGAGCUCGGAAACCUCUACUCCCUUUAUUUCGUCCUCACUGACAUCAACUUCACCUUUGCCUUUCACACAUCCAGCUACACAUUCCCCGCCAAUCAAAACAACACCAAAUAUUUUGAAGAGUUCUUUAUCUUCAUCUAACCUGCAUCAUAGAAGUUUCGAUAACCUCUCUGACGGCUGUCACACUCCGAGCCCAGACAGUUUCCGUUCUGCUAGUCCCACAUCCGAUAUAAUGGACCAACAUAGUCACUUGCCAGUGCUCCAUAAAUUUGGCAUAGAAAAUACUAAGCAGUAUACAUCGUUGCAGAACAACACGUUCAGGGGAUCUUCAAUAUCACAUAUCAGUAACGUGUACGAGUACAGGUCCUACCACAGGAUGGUGAUCGAUGAGAAUGUCAACAACAAUGCUCUACCUUCUUCAACAAUGGAGGCUGCAAAAGAUACAAAGAAGAGUAAGGGGCAGAAUAGGAGAAGUGUUGUAGUAUCUAACACCAUUCAAAGGACGUUGAAGGACAUUGACGAAAAGAAAGGCAGUGUAUGUUUGAAAGAGAAGACUGAAGAUUUCGAUAGUACCAGAGAUGACAUUGUUGACAAUGAGUGUGAUGACUUCGAUAAUGAUAGUCUCAUGCAAGACAGUGGAGACGAAUCGUCAUGUCCCGAUGACAUACGGCAGGAAGAAAAUGGAAAACAUCAGCAUAAAAUAAAGCGACGCUCUAGCAACAAACUGGUGAGCCCAGUCAUUAUGAAAAAGAGACGCCUCGCUGCAAAUGCUCGAGAACGACGCCGCAUGCAGAAUUUAAACAAAGCUUUCGACCGUCUUCGUACACAUCUCCCAUCGCUAGGAAACGACCGUCAACUCUCAAAAUUUGAGACACUUCAAAUGGCUCAGACGUACAUCACAGCUUUAAACGACUUACUCCAGUGACGUGAUAAAAUUUGUGUGACGUGUGACUAAAAUGUCUCAAAACUAUAAUUAGAGUCAUCUGCAGACAUUACCUCAACUACAUAGCUGAACUGUAUGGACUUUACCGGUGUGAUAACUUCAAGGAAAUGUAAUUAUUCGAAUGCAUAUUGAGUCUAGUGAUCCAUAAUUGCUCAUAAGUUUGUCAAAGUAACGUUACGUAUCGAGAUAAAUUAAGUGGAAGCAAGUUGUGUGAAUGCAUUUGAAAGUAUAGUUUCGAGGAGACACGAAGUGAAAAGAGACUUCAAUGCUGGAAUAGAAAGAACACUUGUGAGCGAAAUAGUGACUUCCUGAUUUUUUCUCUUUUCACUCGGUGCACGAAUAUUACUGCUACGUAUUGGUUCAAUUAAUUAGUACUGAUGCUUAACGCACAUGAUAAGCUCAGCCCCUUUUGAAACAGUUCUCUCUAUAUCUACGUAACCGAGAUUAACUCUUAAUGUUUAUAUAGCUCUUUGUACAGUGUGAUUUUUAUGUAGAUAGUUUAUUGUGCAAAUUCAAGGGAGUUACUAAAUGCG